AUGGCCGAGGCAAUUGCGACACUGAGUCUGGCUUCGUCAUGUCUGCAAGUCAUCGACUUUGGCGCCAAAGUCGCAUCGACUGCUGUCAAGCUUCGCCGUGGCCAAACCGACGAAGGAAUCAAGCGCCUAGCAGAGGGCUGCAAGGGGCUCAUUGAGGAGCUUCUUCUCAAGUUGAACAAGUUGGCCGGCAUUGAUUCAUCUCGCACCACUGGUGCGGCUCGCUUGGCUUUCAAGUGGAAGUGGAACGAGGACGAGAUCCGCGCCAUCGAGAGACGCGUAGCCGAGUUCAGGUCACAAUUGACCGUGAGCCUGCUGAUCUCCCUGAGAUAA